AUGACGGUGUCCAGGAUGCAGCAGGGAAUCCUGGCACACCUGCGACUCAUCACCUCAACAGUAUUUAGGACUGGUUCAUCCAGCUUCUCCCUGCCAGUUCGUCUGCUUACCUCAAAUGUUGUUGCUGCGGUUUCCUGCUCCAGUCUGAAGCUGAUGAACACAUUUCAACACAUUCUGGAGGAGGCGGAGCCUCUCCAGAGCAGUGUGGCCCUGCAACCUGUGAGCUUCCAGCUGGACAAAGACGAACAGCACUUUGGCCUGACCCUGGACACUGCAGGCUUUUCUCCAGAGGAGCUGUCUGUCAGGCAGGUGGGCAGGAAGCUGAGAGUCAGCGGGAAGACAGAGAAGAAACAGGAGGACGGGAAAGGCUCCUACUCUCACAGACUCCAGGAGUUCAGACAGGAGUUGGAUCUGCCUGAAGGCCUGAACCCUGAAGCCGUCACCUGCUGCCUGUCUCCAGACGGAAAGCUCCACAUCCAGGCAGUCAAAGAGGAGGCUGACAGAGAGCUGAGCAUCAAGAGGAGCUGGGAGGAGGAACCACAGCAGAGAGUGUUCACAGACACAAGACAGCACAGACUCACAACACACCAUAGAACCAACACAACACAUGGACUCACACACACAUUCAUGGGACUUUAUGAUCAGUUUUAGAUGGAGAGAAUUGAAGCUACUUUGAUUUAUUUGGAUCUAUUAACUUGUGUUUUUGAUAAAUGUACGAUCAAAUGUAACAAGAAGUCACGAUGUCAUGAAAUGACUUUUAUAGUUUUGUUAUAAAUAUUUGUUUAAUUAAAGUUGAGGAAAUAAAUAUUUUAAUAUAAAAUGA